AUGGCGGAGGUGGAACGCAAAGCCGAAGUUGAGAUUGACCCCGAAGCGGCCAUGGAAUCUCCACGAGCCGAGGGUGAAGAGACGCCUGUGCCUCCUGCAUGGAAGGAGGUUUAUGGAGGUAGCAGGUUCGAAUUCAAGUCCUUGUUUCCUCCAUUCACUUGGCUGCCUGCGUAUAUCAGAUUUGCUAAAGGAAAUGCUACCACCGGAGACACGGAUCGAAUGGGAGAAUUGCCGUACUCCAUCAAAGGCGAUCUCAUUGCAGGUCUCACCGUUGGACUGAUGCUGGUGCCGCAAUGCUUGGCCUUCGCCUUGUUGGCAGGGCUGCCUAUUCGAGCUGGCUUGUAUUCCUCAUUUGCUCCCCUGGUGAUCUAUGCCUUGCUGGGUACACUGCGACAGCUUCAGGUUGGACCGACGGCCUUGAUCAGUCUCCUGACUGGUCAAGCCUUGGAUGCAGUGAACUUGUUGGGAGAGAACGAGCGUUUGACUGGGGCAAGCACUUUAGCUCUCUUAGUGGGCCUGGUGAGUCUUCUCUUGGGCAUCCUGCGUUUUGGCUUUGUGGUGGAUUUCAUGUCCCAUAGCGUCAUGAGCUCCUUCUGCACGGCCUCAGGCGUGAUCAUUGCGACCUCCCAACUGAAGCACGUCCUUGGCAUCAAUAUCAAGCGGCACAAGUACUGGUGGGAGACGGCCUAUGACCUUUGCUCCAAGCUUCCGGAAGCGGAUGCCGCUACCGCCGUGCUUGGCUUCACACUGUUGGCCAUGCUGACCUUCUUUAAGAAGUGGAAGCAGGCGGGGAAUCAAGCCAAGCGCUCAAAAAGCCUCAUUUGGAGGUUCUUUCCCAAGAACAAGGACUCCUGUGCCUUCAAGUCCAUGAAGAUUUGUGCGGACUUGUCCUCGGUGCUUUGUGUGAUCCUUGGCUGGGUUUGGGGCUUCAUCUACAGGGAAGCUGGAAUUAACUCUGUGAGGCUCAUCAAUGACAGCGAAAGCGAUGGCUUUGUUUUCCUGCUGCCCAGUUUUGACGACAAGACACCCGAUCUCAUCGUGCCUGCGGUGAUGAUUGCAGUGGUGGGUUUCUUGGAAACCGUGGCAGUCGGUGGCAAGAUGGCGAAUGAAAAGCGAUAUAGCUAUGAUGCCAAUCAAGAGCUUUUGGCUUUAGGUGCUGCGAAUGUUGGUGGAGCCUUCAUGGGAGCUUUUCCCAUCACUGGUGGCUUUUCCAGGACGGCAGUGAAUGCCAUGUUCGGGGCCAGCUCCCCACUGGCAGGUGCCUUGACAUCAAUCAUCGUGGUGAUUGCAGUGUACUCCUUGAUGCCAGUGGUGGAGAUGCUGCCCUUGGCAGCCUUAGCUCCCUUGAUCAUCCACGGAGCAAUUGGUGUCACGGACUUCAAAGCCUUCAUUCCUACCUUCAAAGGAAACAAGUUGGACUUCCUCAUCAUGGUCUUCACCUUUUUAGUGUCUCUGGGCUUGACGGUGAAGGAGGGCCUGAUCACCGGCGUCUCAUUGUCCAUUUUGAAGCUCACCUAUGAAGUUGCGAUGCCGAACUUGGCCGUUUGCGUGCAGGUGAAAGAUGGAACUUUCAGAGAUGUGAGGUACUAUCCAGAGGGUCGCAUGUUCCCCAAGUGCGUCGUGGUUCGAAUGGAUGCUGGAUUGAGCUUUGCAAACACCCGACGUUUGCAGGAGUUUUGCAUGCGCGCCAUGACCGCUGCAAGCAAAUCUGACUCUUCGGUGUCUCAUUUGAUCUUGGAUUGUAAAUCCGUGAACGGCACCGACAUGACGGGGUGCGAGGCCAUCGAAAGCUUGGCCAUUUCCUUGGAGAAGCGCAAGAAGUCCUUGGUCUUGGCUAACCUGAAGGCACCCCUCACACAGGCCAUGUUUGCAGCCGGAGUCGACCAGCACAUUGAGGCGCAUGGUGGGCAUCUUUGUUGGAACAUCGCCCAAGCCAUCACCUUGGUGAAUGGAGGUGAUCCAGCAGCAGCCAAAGCGUCUGUGACUGAUCUUCACAGCAGGGUGCAGUCCAACGCGGUAGACACAGCGCGCGAGCUUUUGCCCAGUCAUGAGCGAGGGUUCCGCGCCCCUAAGUACUUGGGACCGGCAGAGGGCCCCCUCUCGCUGGGCGCCAUGCUCACCGCCAAGCUUUUGCUUGUGGUGCUGGUGAGGGCAGAGCUUCCAGAGGACACGACCGGGAUCGCGAUGCCGCCGGCCUGCUUGCAGCAGGCCAAGGUCAAAGAGGCCUUCGGAGAUCAUCACCGGGCCGUGGUGCUCUUUAGCCGCGGCGAGUGCUUGGCAGGUCAUGACUCCACGAAGCGGAAGUGCGCUCGUGGCUUUCGAAGGGCGCUGCAGCAUUUGGAGGAGCAGCUCUCAGGCAAGUACCACUGGGAAGAGCUUUACAAGGCGGAUCCCUUGGCGCUCGUCGGCUCUCCCAAGCCCUUGGCGAAGCUAUGCAUCACAGCCUACAGCGAGCCGGUGGUGCCCAUUCAGUCCAAAGUCCACGGGCGAGGACUGGCAGCUCGACGGGACACAGCCAUUGGCGAGCUGCUCUUCGUUGAUAAGGCCUGGCUGCUGGGGACCAAUGACCAGCUUUUGAACUCCGCCUUCGCCACCCUGGACGACUGCGAUGAGCUGCAGAAGCACAGGUUCCUUAGCCUCUUCGAUGGUCAACAUGCCGCUCCGGUGGUCGACGAGCUGCUCCCCGGACGUGUGGCCCGGAGCGUGCCUGAAGUGACCGGGCAGGAGGCCGACCACGAGCGAGUGACCAGGAUCCUGCGCCUCAACCGCCUAAGCCGCUGGUCACUCCAUCAGGGCGAACCCUCCGAUGCCAGCGACGCGAGCGCCGAGGGGAGCAACGCAGAGGGGUCGGGCGUGGCGGGCGUGUGGAUUUUAGGAGCCAUGGUGAACCACUCCUGCAGGCCCAACGUGAGCUUCACCUUCCUGGGCGACGUGCUGACCUGCCGCGCCACCCGGGCGUUGAAGGCAGGGGAUGAGUUGCUCUGCAGCUACUGUCGCAUCGACCGACCAUGGACGAUGAGACAAAAGGAGCUCAGCGAAAACUACGACUUCACCUGUCAUUGUGAUCGCUGUGUCCUUGAGGAAGCCUUCCUACCGGACGUGCCGAAGAUCCUGAAGGACCUGCAUGCCUUGACCAAGGUCCCACAGAAGCGCAUGAGCCUUCGAUGGGUGGAGCGAUGGUCUUCGCUUUAUCGUCAAAUUGAGUAUGACAUCUCCCUGAGCAUCAAGCAGCAUGGUAAACGGCUUGACGAGGAUCCAUCACUGGCAUCGUCCGCUGAUUCGCUCUUUGAGGUCUGUUGGACCGCUGAGCACGAACAGCAGCGGGAAGAGCGCUUGCAGCAUCAGGAGGAGCUGCGGGCGAACAUCGCGAAGCUUCAAGGCUUGCCGCGCCCCGCCAACUUCCAGCGACCGGGCCGUGAGGAGGUCUAUUCGGUGCAGCUGCAACGUUUGCUGUGUGGAUCCUUCCUCAGUGUGGCUGCCACUUCUGCCAGGCUUUGGGAAGAGCUCGGCUCCCAUGCCAAUUCCGCUCGCGACUGCCACUGGCUGUGCCAACAGUUGGAGGAGGUGGCGCCGGCCAGUGUGCAGCACGCCCACUGGGCGAGUCAGUGGGCAUUUGCCAGCUGGCAACACUUCCAGCGCCAGGAGCGGCAACGGAUUCCGCAGAAGCUGCCACCUUCUCCGCUGCCCUCCGAGCUCUUGCGCGCCGCGGCCUACGCGCGCCACAGCUUUGGGCAAUGCUACGGCGAGCACCUGUGGCUUUGCCAAGCGCAGCAGCUAGAGUGGCCCACCACUCUCCUGGCGGCCUCUCUUCGGGUUCCCCAAGAGCUUCGACCCCCGAAGGCUCCCAGGAGGAAGAAGAGCCGCCCUGCUCCGCCGCGUAUGAAGAGCUACAAGACGGCCUUUGCAAGCUGGCAGCAAGUGAGACAGAUGUACCAGCAGCAGGCGGAAACGGAGUCCAGGGCCUCCUUGGCGAUUCGGCAAAGCGCACUGGUCCAACAAGAGGCGAUGAGUGACUUCACCGCGGCCCUGGCGUUCACGCCCCGACCUGAACAUCGAGGAACUGCCAUGACUCCGGUCCACGGCAAGACCUGGCUGGAAUGGACCCUCCUGGGCCGCUGGGAAUUUGAGGUGUCCCGCGAUGGCGGGCAGUCAGAAAAGUCUGAGCCCUGCGCAGAAGCCGCCGUUGCUUCAGGGCGACAGGAGCAUGGCGGCGCCGGCUAUGAAGGCCCCAGUCGAGUACACAACACAACUGCGGCACUCGAAGUGAACCAAAGCUACGAGUCGAAGCACAGCCUGCCGAGCCGAUUCGCAGCACAGCCUGUUCCGAUGCUGACCACCGGAUGUGAGCGGAUUUGGGGCCUCUCGAAGCUGGCCUGGGUCCUGAUCUGUGACAUGCUGGCGCUUGCGAUGUUGAUGCUGUGCAUACCAUUCUUGUUGCAGAUGAGCCGGCGGCGGCCCUACGGCGCGCCCUUGCUGGACUUCAGCAUCGAGAAGCAGAAGGAUUUAAGAGCUGAGGGCGGAGGCUCACCUCAGGCCGACUUCCUUUGCUGUGUGGAUGCAGAGCCUGAGAGGCCCGGGUCCGACCCUCAGGCAGUGCUCGAGUUCACUCCAACACCAGAACUUGGAGACAGCUGGGGAUGUCGAAUGACUGGACUCCGUGCUGCAUGGUAUAUAAUUGUUUCCCUCACGAAUUGGGAUCCGACCGAGAAAGACAACGAGCUGCAGGGACUUGCAUCCUUAGCUUGA